AUGUCUGCGCUUUUACAAGAUAUACAAAGAAAACUGAUCUUCCCCAUAGAUUUUCCCAGCCAACAGAAAACGGAGAACUUUCAACAGUUAUCACUCACAAUCGGAGCUGUUAUAGCAUGCAUAUUGGGAUUCGCUCAACAAUCGUUGUAUGUUCUAUUGGUUACGUAUGGCAUAAGUUGUGUGAUUACUCUACUAUGUGUUUUACCAGCUUACCCAUGGUAUAAUAAACAGAAAUUAAGGUGGGCACAACCAAAAAUUGAAAUUAAUAUCGACCAGUAUGAUUAA